AUGCCCAACAACAACAACAACAACAAGAUCAACAGCAACAACAAUAAUAAUAAUAACAAUAAUAAUAAUAAUAAGUUCGCAGACGUCCGGAAUGAGGUAACAGACAUGGCGGAGAAAUGUUGCAAUGGCGGCAAAGUAUCUCAUCAUUCAGAUGCCGAUUCCGAUUGCUGCAUUGCAAGUGACGUCAUCCUCAACAACAACAACAAUAACAUCAACAACAACAAAACAGAAACAUCGACAAUUUCAACGACAUCUCAUUUAGUUCCGUGGUCAGUUCUGGACAAAGAAGAAUUUCAAUCAAUCGUAGAACUAGCCAUUUCAGAUAUGAUGUCACUUCCGGUUAAAUUUUCAAGUGACGUAGUUGGUAAAAAUAAAAAAUUACUUAGCGCUAAUUUUGUGAAAAAAGAAAUUCAGAACACUGGCGAAAAUAAUGAAAAUAACAACAGCAACAGCAGCAGCAGCAGCAGCCAUUCAUCUGACUUAUCUAUGAAGCCAGAAUCAAACUCAAACUGGAUCAAAAUUCCAUCUUCAAACUCAGAUCCACUUUUAAAAGCAACUGACAAUGACGUCAUCAGCAAGUACAACAACAAUAACGAUGACAACAUCAACUGCAGCACCAACAACAACCACAACAAUAACAACAACAACGACAAAGUGAUUGACGUAAAAAGAAUAAAAAACGAAACUAAAGCCGAAAACCAAACCGAAAUCAAACGGGAAUUUUUUCCCCAAAAAUCCAGUGCCGAAAUGGCUCAAACAAAUUUGGCGGAUGUGAAGAGUAGAGGGUUUUUAUCAAUUGAAAAUAUUUUAAAUGAAAGUUACAAGUAUUCAAAUUUUACAAAUUUGCAUGAUUCCGUCUGCAAAUUGUCAAUCUCAAAUAAUAAUACCCUUUCUUGGAAAUCUCCAACAUCAUCAUCAUCAUCAUCAUCCCUAUCAUCAUCAUCUUCUUCAUCAUCAUCAUCAUCAUCGUGCACAUCACCAUCAUCAUUAUCACCAUCAUCUUCCAUUUCGAGAACGUGGACUAAUGGAUCGGUGACACCAUCGUCAUCAGCAUCAUCGCCAACUUCCGGUCAAGGCAGGCCUAAAACGAUGACGUCAUUGAGAAUGCCCCAACUACUUGUCCAUACGUCAUUUUCAUCAUCAGUUUCCUCCCCAUCUCCGUCAUCAUUAUCGCCAUCGUCGCCAACUUCACCGACAUCUUCAUCAUCAUUUCAUCAACCACCAUGGCCACCAUCAUCACCAUCAUCAGCAGCAGCAACAGCAACAGCCACAAUAGCAACCACAACGGCCAAAACAUACGAUCAUCUUCCAAUGCUACUCCCAAUAACACCAGCAACAUCUGAGCAAAUACUCUGCAAUCAAGAAUUGAUCAAACAACAACAGCAACAUCAGCAUCAACAACAAAUCUUCUACAUGACGUCAUCGCUAUUUCACACUUCCGGCUGGAUAGGAUUGGAUAAAAAAAUGCUGAAAGAUUUGGUGGAUAAUCUAUCUGAGGAUUCGAUAAAGCGAGAUCAAAGGCGCGAUACAUUUCUAAUGGACUACGAGAAUAACUUACAUUUCAUUCCAAACAGCCCUGCCAUGCUACAAAAUUAUCAAAAUUUCGUUAAAAGAGAGAACUACAACGACAUAACCGGGUUUUUAUAUCGAGAAAACCACGUCAUGAAGCCCGUUUCGCAGUUUGGUUAUAACGAAUAUAACAUAAAUACAAAUAUCUUUAGCAAAGAAACGAACGCGGCUGACAAAUUAACAACAGAAAAAGAAUUCAUGACGCGGAAACGUAGAAGAAGUGAAGAAAUGAAGAAGAAGAAAGAAAGAAAUUCAUCAACAUCGGCGUGUGUGACGUCAACCACAAUGGCGGAAAACGAGAUGGACCCCAAGGCUCUCGAUAAUUCGAAGUCGAAUGGAGCGGAAAGAAAAAUAGCUAAAGAGCCGUGGGUUAGCGUCGAUAAGAGUUUAGUUCUUAGUGUCGUUGAGUCGUUAGUCGGGAAGUUAUAUGGCGAUGAUGUAGGAAGAACAAAUCCGCUCAAUAGCGUUGAGAAUAAAAAUGCUAAUCCCACUCGCAAUCCCAUCCACAAUCCCAAUCCUGAUUCUAACCAUCCCGGCAACUAUAGCAUUAGCUUUCUGUCCAAGUCGAUAGGUGUUGAUCAGCAGGGCAGCCAUCCAGAUGAGCGUCAGUCGCAGGAGCAGCAGUCAGCUACGGAGAAAGACAACAUCGGAAAAUGGAAAAAUGAUCUGAUGAGGAGAUUAAGAAACAAUUCCUCCACCAAACAUCAUCAACAUCAACAUCUUCAUCAGCAUCAGCAGCAACAACAUCAUCAUCAGCAACAGCAGCAGCAACAACAACAGCAACAGCAGUUUAACUGCUGGAUCGCCAAAUCUAAUCAAAAGCAAAAAGUCAUUUACAGUUAG